AUAUCAUAUAUUUGUUUAUAUGCGAGUUUAUAGCGUAGAAAAAUGUGUUCUAAUUCUGAUCAUUCCCAUAAAACACGUAAGCAAUUUAAACCAAUUAAACGGUCGGGAUAUAGGGAUGGCAAUCCAUAUAAAAGCACCGCAAAAAACGAAAGGAAAAAUGUCGAAACAAUAAUUUCGUACGAUAAUUACCCGAGUAGCAGUGACUCCGAAGAUGACUACGAAGACUGCGACGAUGACAAAGACGAGUCCUACGACUACAUCAGCCUGUUCCAAGUCUGGAUGAACUUUCUGUUUCCCCGAGCGUUUCGGACGCAGCCCGUACACCGAUGGAUCAAGUCCGCGCAUUCGGUGUCGAACUUGAGGGAGCGUAGCACCGGGAAAAUAUUGCCGCCGGUGGGCGAGUGCUCGUUAUUCCCGAAAGGAGUGUUCGUGCAAUCCUUCACGGAGAAUGAAGUGACAAAAAUAUAUUUUCCUGGAGCCCAAGCAACGUUCAUGGAUCCAAGUCGUCCAAGUCGAAGUCAUAAACAAACAAAAUAAUAAUUUAUUAUGACGGAUGCAUUUUACUGUACAAUCGAAUAUUAUUAUUAUACACAGUAUAAUACGU